GAGCUUAAUGUCAAAGUGAAGAAGUCCAGAUUCUCAUUUCCCAAAUUCUCACUGACCAAGCAAAGCAGCAAAGAGUCUGAGGUUGAUAUCGGUCUUCCAGAUGUUGAUGUUUCAAUUCCAGAAGGGAAAAUGCAAAUCACUUCACCUAAAGUAGAGUUUCAACCACCAGAAGUGGAUGUCAACAUAGACGGCCAGGAGACCAAAUUCAAAAUGCCAAAGUUUGGCAUCUCCAUGCCAAAAAUGAAAGGACCCGACAUUGAUUUCAGCUUGUCAAAGAAAGAGGGCGACAUCAAACUACCAGAACCUGAAGUUGAACUCCCGGAUGUUGAUGUUCAACUACCAUCAGUUCAAGUAGAUAUUGAAGCUCCGAAAAUUGAAGCCCGACCAGGGAGUGUUGAAGGAUCGCCAUCCAAAUUCAAAUUGCCAACAAUCAAAUUCCCCAAAUUAGGAGUUGCCUUACCACAGGUCAGUGUUGGAGUGCCUGAUAUGGACACAGACAUCAAGGUGGACGGAGCAGGUCUAAAAUCACCAGAAGUCAAGGUUGAGGCUGAAAUUCCUGGGCCUGCCACAGAUAUUGAUGUCAAAGUGACAAAAUCUAGAUUCUCAUUUCCCAAAUUCUCAUUAACCAAGCAAAGCAGCAAAGAAUCUGAAAUUGAUGUCGGACUACCAGAUGUUGAUGUUUCAAUUCCCGAAGGGAAAAUGCAAAUCACUUCACCUAAAGUCGAGUUUCAACCACCAGAAGUGGAUGUCAAUAUAAAUGGCCCCGAGAGCAAAUUCAAAAUGCCAAAGUUUGGCAUUUCCAUGCCAAAAAUGAAAGGACCCGACAUUGAUUUCAGCUUGUCAAAGAAAGAGGGCGACAUCAAACUACCAGAAACUGAAGUAGAACUCCCGGAUGUUGAUGUUAAACUACCAUCAGUUCAAGUAGAUAUUGACGCUCCGAAAAUUGAAGCUCGACCAGGGAGUGUUGAAGGAUCGCCAUCCAAAUUCAAACUGCCAACAAUCAAAUUACCCAAACUAGGAGUUGCCUUACCUCAGGUCAAUGUUGAAGUACCUGUUAUGGACACAGACAUCAAGGUAGACGGAGCAGGUCUAAAAUCACCAGAAGUCAAGGGUGAGGCUGAAAUUCCCGAGCCUGCCACAGAGCUUGAUGUCAAAGUGAAGAAGUCUAGAUUCUCAUUUCCCAAAUUCUCAUUAACUAAGCAAAGCAGCAAAGAAUCUGAAAUUGAUAUCGGUCUCCCAGAUGUUGAUGUUUCAAUUCCCGAAGGGAAAAUGAAAAUCAUUUCACCUAAAGUGGAGUUUCAACAACCAAAACUGGAUGUCAAUGCACAUGGUGACCUUAAACUCCCAGAUUCUGAAAUAACACUACCAUCUGCUGAAGAUGAAAUAGAAAUUUCAAAGAUUGAAGGUCCAAAAAGUCGUGUUGAAGGUUCUCCAACAAAAUUCAAAUUACCACCAUUCAACUUACCGACAUUUGGAGGUUCCCCAUCAAAGGUUCGUGUUGAAGUGCCCGAUGUGGACAAAGACACUGAAAUUGAUGCCAUAAAGCUGGAGAUAUUUGAAGAGGAAGCAAAUCUGGUCCUUUCAACAACCAGCACUGACAUUGAAGGACAGUCAGUGGAAGUGAGAACUAAAGGAGAUGAACUUCAAGGAUCAGGAAUCAAAGUGAAACCAGUCCCAGAUGUUGACGCUGAGAUCAAGCUGCCGGAUGUUGAAGGUAAACAAUUGGAAGGUACCGUUUCAGCCCCACAAGCACCCAAAGUUGAGGGCGACAUCAGGUUGAGCAAAGGGACAGGCAAUGUCGACGUGAGUCCUGUCUCUCCGAGCAAAUUCAAAUUGCCAUCCUUCAAAAUGCCAAGACUGGCAUUCUCACGACACAAACCAGAAGGACAAAGUGUGUCACCUGACACAGAAUAUAAAGACAGUCGAUCGGAGAUGAAAGCCGAACUGAGUGGAGAUGGAAAAUCACCGCAAGCCACUCCCGCAUCAUUUGGGGUUGAUGUUGAAUUUGAGGUGCCAAAAACAGAAAAGGGGGAAGGACACCCAGAAACCCCAAAGGAAGAAAUAGAAAGGAAGGACAAACAGACCAAGCAAGAAGCUACCAAAAGUCCGGAACGGACGGGAUGGUUUCGGUUUCCAACAUUUGGGCUCUCCUCACCUUCAGAACCUGCCAAAACGGCCAUCAAAAAUGACGAGAAGGAUAAAAAGAGCCCAUCAGGGGAACGUGAAGAAGACAUGAGCCCGACUUGUUCUGCGCGGUCAUCAGACAUUUAUGCUGACAUCAGCUCAACAGCGACAAGCGAGUAUGUCAGUUUGCACUCAUCUUCUCCAACCAAGGUGACAGUCAAAUACUCCAAUCAGAACUUACCUCCAGAUCUCGGAGAAAUGAACAUCCUGACUUCCACUGCCAUGUCCGAGCUGAUCACAAUCGAGCCAAACUUACCUGAGAAGAUCACUAUCCUGUCAUCUGAGGUCUUGUCUUCCUCUGAGGAGACUCUCAGAUUGGCAUCAGAGAAAAUACACGUCGUUACAUCCAAGGUACAAGCAGGCCCUGAAUCACAUCACGCCAAACUUCUGCCCACGGUUCAGUCGACAGGCGAGGCCGGUCAGAUGUCAUCAUCGUGGACAGUGGAGAGUUCUCAGAGCAGCAGGAGGACGGUGUCACAGAAACGAAUUGUACAUGAAACGUCGCGCGAAAGCACAGAAACCUUCGUGAUUACCAAACAGAUCACCAAAACGUUCGAACCCAGUGAGUUCUUCGCCAACGACGAGACGGCUUCGUCCAUCCAGCGUCUCCGAGAAUCGGUACACUCGGAGAAAAUGAGAUUUUUUGACGGUGCUGAGAAGUGAGGUGCUAGCUCAUCGAUGUUUAAUCGAGGACAGGUAGUAAUUAAACCUCUGGCUGCAUGUUGCUGAAUGAAAAAUGAAAAGAAAGAUGGACAAACAUUCUUGGCAGAGGAAAAAAAAAUGCAAUGAAAUUGUUAAUAAGCUAUGUAUCUAGGUGUCUCAUGACAGGGCUUCCGUAAAUAUGCUUACAUGUGGUCCAGAAAAUGUUUACUUGUAGCAUUUGUGCUCUAACAUCAAAAGGGUCUUAAGGAUCAGGCUAUAGCAAAAUGAAUGUUUACGAUAGUUGUCAUUAAAAAAAACUUUGUGUGCACGCGCGCGCGUGUGUGUGUGUGUGUGUGCGCGUGUGUGUGAAUGUAACCGCUGAGGUGUUCUUGUUGAUGCAGUAAGGAAAGACUUGCUAAGAAAUGUAACAAUUACGACAAAAAAAGUGUACUACUGUAACUAUAUUUUUAUUAAUAUUUCUGCUUGAACCUAAUUUGCUACAGUCCAUACAUACAUCUAAAUACAUCUAAAUACACACAUAUAUA